UUGUCCCAAGACAUUUUUUAAUUUUUCCUUCCUUUUUCCUUUUGUUUUUGGGAUAUUUUUUUCUCCACGGUGGUUUUUUUUGGUUUUUCAUUUUUUUUGUUGCUGUUUUGCCAGCGGACAGAACGCGAUGUGCGCUAGUAGCUAGCUAGCGAGGUAGCUAGCUUAGCUAACCCGGGGGGUGGGAGAGAGAGAGAGAGAGACGCAGAACACACGCACGCUGCUUGUGGGGGGUUUUUUUAGCAACAAAAAACAAACACGACGACGGUUUCAUUUUGUUUUUCGUAGCCUUGGUUGUGGAGACUUUUCCUUUGGGACUGAUGGUGGGACUGAUGGUGUUUUUCUCCUCGCCAGCCCUCCAGCUAGCCACCUAGCUAGCCACCUAGCUAAACGGCUCCUCUUGGUGUGGUAGUCGCAGCUUUGUCCUGAUCCCGCGGCCGAUCGCAGAUUAUCGGCUGCACGGUUUAUCAGCAUUUUGCAGGUUUUGAGUUUUUUGCAAAGCCGAGGGACUGGUUCUGAUUGCUGUGUAUUUUCACCCCCUCCCCCAUGCUUUUCUAUUUGUGCUGGGGCUAGCGUUAGCCAUGCCAGCCGGCUUUGAGCCCCCCCCCCGCGGCUAGCGCAAGGCCCCGUGUUUCACUGUGAAGCCUGGUGGUGGCGCUGUCGGGGCUCCAGGGCGGGUGUGUUGUGGAUGGUUUAGUAUAAAUCGUGAGGGGCGAAGGUGAAGGUCGAGACACCAGCCCAAACUGAACCCAGGCCACAGUGUCAAACAUCAGACAGACAGACGACAGCCCUGCACACAGACGCUAUGGAUCGUUCACCCACCACUUCCAGCCUGAUGGCCAGCAGCAACGUCACCAACAAGACCGACCAACGCUCCCUCAACUCCAGGGUCUUCAUCGGCAACCUCAACACCCUUCUGGUCACCAAGGGCGACGUCGAGGCCAUCUUCACCAAGUACGGCAAGAUCGUAGGCUGCUCCGUCCACAAGGGCUACGCCUUCGUCCAGUUCUCCAACGAGAGGAACGCCCGGGCUGCGGUCACUGGAGAGGAUGGAAGGAUGAUUGUUGGACAAGUGCUUGACAUCAACCUGGCUGGAGAACCCAAACCACACAGGUCAAAAACCACUAAACGCUCCGCUGGAGACAUGUACAGCAGUUCCUCAUUUGACCUCGACUACGACUUUCAGAGAGAUUAUUAUGACAGAAUGUAUUCGUACCCGUCCCGUGUCCCCGCUCCUCCUCCCCCUUUGUCGCGGGCCGUGAUCCCGUCCAAGCGCCCGCGGGUCAGCCUCAGCGGAGGAAGCAGCCGGCGAACCAAGAGCAGCUUCUCCUCCUCCUCCAAGAGCAGCCAGAGGAUUUCUUCAUCCAGAGCAAAAGUGAAAGUGGAUGAGCUGCAGACCAUCAAGCGGGAGCUGACCCAAAUCAAAAGCAAAGUGGACGACCUGCUGGAGAGCCUGGAGCGCAUGGAGAAGGACCACAGCAAGAAGUCGGCUAAGAGCAUGAAACCUGAGCCAGGAGAAGUGACUUCACCACCUCACUCGAGCAGCAAGAAGGAGGACGGGCUGAAGAGGGAGAGAGAGUGCCAGGAUAUGAACGACUCGGACGAGGAGGAAGAUGAUGAGGACGAGGAUGCCGACAUGCUGGAGGAGGAAGAGGCGAAGAGGGAUGAUGAUGAUGAAGACGACGAGGAAGAGGAAGGCGAGCAUGUGGAAGGUGACGAUGAUGGUGACAGUAUCAACGGCGAAGACGACUCGUAGGCGACGAGUGGACGCCGACACGUGGAGCGCUACACGGCUUCCAAUAGGAACUCGGACUCUGUUUUAACACUCAUUGUAGAUACAAAAGGCAAAUGUGUACUCACACAAACACACACACACAAGCAUGGUGCACACGCGAUGUUGUCCCAUUGUCCCUGAAACUGACUUAUUCUUUUCUUUGUUACUUUCACCAGUUGUCCACGUUCACCGUCACAGGAAUAGCUAGCUGUAGUUUUUGGUUUUUGUGUUUUUACUGAGUCGUUACUUGUCUUCAGGCGAAGGCAGAAAAAUGGACACCUAAUGUUCUCAGAGACGACAGCUCGACGGACAUGUCUUAAUGCAAGGCCCCAAAUUCAGCUGCGAAAUACGAUUUUUAGGUUCAAUGUAUUUUUCCUCAUCGGUGAGUUUGUUUGACCUCGUGUGUCUGUAUGUUAAUGUCAGUUUUUUAUACUAUUCCGUUUAUGUUUAACUGUAAAGAAAUAAAUUGCAAUAAAAUAUUAAAAGUG